CCAUUUUGAAAAAGGGCAUGAGCCUGUUCCUGUUUCCUCCACCACGGGGGCGUGAUGACGGAAGUGACGACACGAUGGGCGGAAACACGGUGGCCUUCUUGGGAAUCAUGGCUGCCACCAGUCUGGCGGGUCUUUGUAGAAGGCUCUCGGCGUGCCUGAAGGCUUCCGGCCCCCUCGUAUAUCCCAGCGGCCCUGCUCGUUCGGGGUUUCCUCUUAGCUUGCUACAUAAGAACACCCCAGCCGCCACAUCUUCCCUGCACUGUAAAUCACUUCACACUACAUCAUCAAGGAAGGGACUAGAAGAAUUUUUUGAUGACCCAAAGAACUGGGGGGAAGAAAAAGUAAAAUCCGGUGCUUCGUGGACCUGUCAGCAGCUGAGGAACAAAAGUAAUGAAGACCUGCAUAAGCUCUGGUAUGUCCUACUGAAAGAGAGAAACAUGCUUCUAACUCUGGAGCAGGAGGCCAAGCGACAGAGACUGCCGAUGCCCAGUCCAGAGCGGUUGGAAAAGGUGGUCGAGUCCAUGGAUGCAUUAGAUAAAGUUGUCCAGGAGAGAGAAGAUGCUUUGAGGCUCCUUCAGACUGGUCAAGAAAAAGCGAGGCCUGGCGCCUGGAGGAGAGACAUCUUUGGAAGAGUCAUCUGGCACAAGUUCAAGCAGUGGCCCCUGCCGUGGCACCUGAAUAAAAGGUACAACAGGAAACGGUUCUUCGCGAUGCCGUACGUGGACCGUUUUGUCAGGCUGCGACUCGAGAAGCAAGCCCGCAUUGAAGCACGAAAGAAAAGUUUACAGAGGAAGAAAGAGAAAAUUCUCCAGGAAAAGUUCCCACAUCUCUCUGAGGCCCGGAAGUCUAGUGCUGUCUAGGAUGAGCUCCAAGAGUGCUUAUGUCUUCCUACGUCUGCCUGUCUUGAAGUAAAUACAUAUGUGAAGUGGUUUAUAAAGACUUGUUCUGUUAGGAGCACUGGCUGCUCUUGUAGAGGACCCAGGUUUGAUUCCCAGCACCCACAUGGCAGCUAACAACUGUCCUAACUCCAGUUCCAGAGGAUCCAGAGCCCUCUUUCUGACUUCCAAGGGCAUUGCAUGACACGGGUGCCCUUGCACACAUGCAGGCAAAACACAUGUAGAAUAAAAAUAAAAGGCUUGUUCUCGCUCACGGGACAUCAGUUCUCA